AUGCUGUGCGUUUUCCAGCUUUCAGGCCGACGCUGCCACCCAUUUUGCACACACCUUCAGCGCAACAACGGCUGGGAACUCAUUUGGGAAUGGUGUUUUAGCAGCUCGGAAGACCCUGGUACAACCAGAGGCCUCCACCCGAGGCCAGGCCUCACUGCCCUCUCCAGCCCUGACCCGCCGGGCCGGGCCGGGCCAGGUCGCCCUGGGGGUGCCCUCAGCCAGCCCAGAGGGGAGGCGCUGAGGCCUGGCCCUGCAGUCGCUGAGGUACGAGGGGGAACACCGGGGCCGGUGCGGAGGAGCCAUAACGGCCCCGUCCCUCCGCUCCUCCAAGCCGGGCGCACCCCCUCCGGUGUUCCCUCAAAUCCCGCCGCCGCGCCCGGAACCUUCGCGCAGGGAGGCGCGGUUUCCGCCCGGCCCGGCCGCACCGGACCCGCGGUGCCCGGAAGCGGCGGUAGCCCCGGCGGCCGCGGCGGCUCCACCUGCCCUUGCCCGCCUAGCCCGGGGCGCCAGGGAGCUGCGGUUCCCGCGUUCCUGCCCAGGGAGUUUGGGCCUCCUUCGUGUCCAGAGCAUGACUGUCCCAGCCAAACCCUACGUUCCUCUUGGUUUUCACCCUUCUUCCACACAAUUCCAGACAGGAGCAGUGAAACUGAAUGUGUCAUCUGCCGGAGUCUAGCAAAUAGCAGCUAUGGAAUAAAAAGAAAAUCACCACUUCAAAACUUACAUCUUGUUUCCCGAAGUAUACAUCAUCCCCACUAUCCAAGUUCAAAAUUUCAAAGACCUCCACUGAGGAUAUCUGCUCAGCUGUUCUCUUCUCUUAAUCGUCUUCCCCUACGCAAAACAAAACUUUUAAAUGUAAAAUAUGGAUACCAGUCCCACAGGAACUUUUGGCUAGCUAGACUAGCAUCGAGGCUUCUCAAACUUCGCUACCUUGUAUUAGGAUCUGCUGUAGGUGGUGGUUAUACAGUAAAGAAGACAUAUGAUCAGUGGAAGGACAUGAUGCCAGACCUCGAUGAAUACAAGUGGAUUGUUCCUGACUUCAUUUGGGAACUUGAUGAACAUAUUGACUUUGAAAAACUUAUCAAAGCCCUUCCUGAUGCAGAUGACCUUGCCAAACUCCUGCCUGACUUUGACAAGAUUGGAGAGAGCUUCACUUCACUGAAAGGAUUUUUUUCUCCUGGUGCGCUGUGGAAGGGAGCUGCGGUUCCCGCGUUCCUGCCCAGGGAGUUUGGGCCUCCUUCGUGUCCAGAGCAUGACUGUCCCAGCCAAACCCUACGUUCCUCUUGGUUUUCACCCUUCUUCCACACAAUUCCAGACAGGAGCAGUGAAACUGAAUGUGUCAUCUGCCGGAGUCUAGCAAAUAGCAGCUAUGGAAUAAAAAGAAAAUCACCACUUCAAAACUUACAUCUUGUUUCCCGAAGUAUACAUCAUCCCCACUAUCCAAGUUCAAAAUUUCAAAGACCUCCACUGAGGAUAUCUGCUCAGCUGUUCUCUUCUCUUAAUCGUCUUCCCCUACGCAAAACAAAACUUUUAAAUGUAAAAUAUGGAUACCAGUCCCACAGGAACUUUUGGCUAGCUAGACUAGCAUCGAGGCUUCUCAAACUUCGCUACCUUGUAUUAGGAUCUGCUGUAGGUGGUGGUUAUACAGUAAAGAAGACAUAUGAUCAGUGGAAGGACAUGAUGCCAGACCUCGAUGAAUACAAGUGGAUUGUUCCUGACUUCAUUUGGGAACUUGAUGAACAUAUUGACUUUGAAAAACUUAUCAAAGCCCUUCCUGAUGCAGAUGACCUUGCCAAACUCCUGCCUGACUUUGACAAGAUUGGAGAGAGCUUCACUUCACUGAAAGGAUUUUUUUCUCCUGGUUACAAUUUGGUUAGUGAAGUCUUAGGAGCUUCUGAUCUACUUCUGUUGUUAGGUUCUCCAGGAGAAACAGCAUUCAGAGCUACUGACCAAGGCUAUGACAAUGACAAACAGUUCAAGAAGGGCCUGCUCGGUGAACUCAUUCUGUUACAACAACAAAUCCAGCAGCACGAAGAGGAAGCGCGCAGAGCCGCUGGCCAAUAUAACAUGGGCUCUUCCCACCAGAAGCGAAAGGUUUCUGACAAGGAGAAGAUUGAUCAGCUUCAAGAAGAACUUUUACGCACUCAGCUCAAAUACCAAAGAAUGCUUGAGCGAUUAGAGAAGGAGAACAAAGAAUUAAGAAAAUUGGUACUGCAAAGAGAUGACAAGGGAAUUCAUCAGAGGAAAUUAAAGAAAUCCUUGAUUGAUAUGUAUUCUGAAGUACUUGAUAUCCUGUCUGAUUAUGAUGCUAGUUAUAACACUCAAGAUCACCUACCUCGAGUGGUGGUGGUUGGAGAUCAAAGCGCAGGAAAGACCAGCGUUUUAGAAAUGAUCGCCCAAGCCCGCAUAUUCCCUCGAGGGUCUGGGGAGAUGAUGACACGUUCCCCUGUUAAGGUAACCCUUAGUGAAGGUCCCCACCACGUGGCUUUAUUCAAAGACAGCUCUCGGGAGUUUGAUCUGACCAAGGAAGAGGAUCUUGCAGCUUUGAGAAAUGAAAUAGAAAUCAGAAUGAGAAAUAGUGUGAAGGAAGGGUGCACUGUUAGCACUGAGACCAUCUCCUUAAGUGUGAAAGGUCCUGGAUUGCAGAGGAUGGUACUGGUUGAUUUACCUGGAGUCAUCAGUACUGUGACAUCAGGUAUGGCUCCAGAUACGAAGGAAACUAUCUUUAGCAUCAGCAAGGCCUACAUGCAGAAUCCUAAUGCCAUCAUCCUUUGUAUUCAAGAUGGAUCAGUGGAUGCAGAACGCAGUAUUGUUACAGACUUGGUCAGCCAAAUGGAUCCCCAAGGAAAAAGGACAAUUUUUGUGUUGACUAAAGUUGAUCUUGCUGAGAAAAAUGUAGCAAGCCCAAGCAGGAUCCAGCAAAUAAUUGAAGGCAAACUCUUUCCAAUGAAAGCUUUGGGUUAUUUUGCAGUUGUUACUGGAAAAGGAAACAGCAGUGAAAGCAUUGAAUCUAUUAAAGAAUAUGAAGAGGAAUUUUUUCAAAAUUCAAAGCUGUUGAAGACAUGUAUGCUGAAGGCACACCAGGUAACAACAAAGAACUUAAGCCUUGCUGUGUCAGAUUGCUUUUGGAAGAUGGUGCGAGAGUCCGUGGAGCAGCAAGCAGAUGCUUUUAAAGCCACACGUUUCAAUCUUGAGACUGAAUGGAAGAACAAUUACCCCCGGCUGAGAGAGCUUGACAGGAAUGAACUGUUUGAAAAAGCAAAGAAUGAGAUUCUUGAUGAAGUCAUAAGUUUGACUCAGGUCACACCAAAGCACUGGGAGGAGAUUCUUCAGAAAACUUUAUGGGAGAGGGUAUCUACUCAUGUGAUUGAGAAUAUCUACCUUCCAGCAGCACAGACUAUGAACUCAGGGACAUUUAACACCACUGUAGACAUCAAACUGAAGCAGUGGACUGACAAGCAACUGCCUAAUAAAGCAGUAGAGGUGGCGUGGGAGACUUUGCAAGAAGAAUUUGCCCGCUUCAUGACAGAACAUAAAGGAAAAGAGCACGAUGAUAUCUUUGAUAAACUGAAGCAAGCUGUCAAAGAAGAAAGUAUUAAACGACACAAAUGGAAUGAGCGAGCGGAGGAUAGCCUGCGAGUGAUCCAACACAAUGCUUUAGAAGAUCGGUCAAUAUCUGAUAAACAGCAGUGGGAUGCAGCUAUUCAUUUUAUGGAAGAGACUCUCCAAAGUCGUCUCAAAGACACUGAGUCUGUUAUUGAAGAUAUGGUGGGUCCAGACUGGAAAAAAAGAUGGUUAUACUGGAUAGGCCGCACCAAAGAACAGAAUAUUCGUAAUGAAACAAAAAAUGAACUUGAGAAAUUAAUCAAAUGCAAUGAAGAACAUGCAGCUUAUCUGGCAAAUGAUGAAGUGACGACUGUCAGAAAGAAUCUUGAAGCAAGAGGAAUAACAGUGGACCCAUGUCUGAUUAAAGACACAUGGCACCAAAUUUAUAGAAGAUAUUUCCUGAAGACUGCUUUGAACCACUGCAACCUAUGUCGAAGAGGCUUCUAUUAUUACCAGAGGCAUUUUGUGGACUCGGAGCUGGAAUGUAAUGAUAUUGUCCUCUUCUGGCGGAUACAGCGAAUGCUGGCAAUUACGGCAAAUACGCUGAGGCAGCAGCUCACUAACACUGAAGUAAGGCGCUUGGAGAAGAAUGUAAAAGAAGUGCUUGAAGAUUUUGCUGAGGACAAUGACAAAAAGGUGAAGCUCCUAACUGGCAAGAGGGUCCAGCUGGCAGAGGAUCUCAAGAAAGUUCGGGAAAUCCAGGAAAAACUUGAAGCCUUCAUAGAAGCCCUCCAUCAAGAAAAGUAGAUUGUUCAAGCAGCAACUUUACACAAGAAUGCAGCCUUUUCCUGGAUAUCUUGCACAAAGAAGACUGAAUAGAAAUGGCUUUUUUGUCCCAUUCUCUUUCCUAUCUUUUGGGGAGCAUCCUAAAAUGAUGGAGGGGAAAGAAAAUAAUGUCUCAUGGGAUUGAGAAGUUCAGUUCAAAUCCACCUGCUCUUUUAAUUUUUGAAGCUACAUGCACAUGACAGAAGGAUCUGACUUGUGUGUCAAUGAGAUAGCUUGGGAGUUUGCUGAAGUUGUACAUUUAAGUUUGGGGUUUUUUUCCUGAAAGGAAAAAAAAAAAGCUUUUAUUUUUGGCACCUGUCUUGUAUGGUAAAGCUGGAUCAGAUUCAUAAAAUGAUUUUAUCUGUUGUCAUUUUCUUGCCUGCAGAUGAUCCUGGGAGUUUAACAUAAAGUUUUAGUAUUUGUAUGUACAUUAAAAUGCCCUUCUAAGUAAUGCAAUUUGUAUUUGUUAUGCUCUGUGUUGGAAACAUUCUCUGAUCAUUCUGGUACAGAUUUAAAAGCAUGGUAUUGAGAUCUUGAGAGGAAGUUGUGGAUUUUGUUAAACUACUAAACUCUUGAGAGACAUCAUCCAAGCAAUUCUUUUAGUGCUUUCAAGUGAAAGUACAGACUGGUAUUCACUGACAUCUUAAAAGGUUUGGCUCAGGAAAUAAUAUCAACAACUGCUCCUUUUACCCAUUCUUUCCUAGUAUAUGUUGUUACCCUUGAAUCAUAGCCGAUUACAUUUCAUUUCUGGGAUUGCACAGGCUCUGAUUUCCUUGUUAAGUCCUCCCUUCACCAUAGGUACAAAGUAACUUGAUCAAGUGUGUGUGAAAUGUAGAAAGAUACUCCAUACAAUUCCAACUUCUCCAACCUCCUUAACUAAAAAAGGAAAAAUACAAUUAAUCUCAUUUUUUCUAAUAUCUACUCUUAAGACCAAAAUCGCUUUUAUAAGAAUGUUAUGCACAAGGUCCCACUUGAUUUCUAUCAUUCAGUAAAAUAGUAAGUAGUCAUUCUUUUACUGCCUUUCAGUUUUGCUGUAGAAAUGUCACUUCUGACAAAUUUAAGCAUGAUUUAGCCUCUGUAUCGUAGGUGCCUGGUGAUUAAUCACCACCAUAUUUUUCUGCCCACACUUUGCCACAAAUGAUCUGGAUACACUUCUGAACACUAUGUGGAAGAGGAAAGAGUUUGUUUUGCAGUUGUCUGAUUGUGUAUGUUUUAAAAUUUACGUGGUUUAUUUGUCCCAUUUUGAAAAGGCUAUUGAUUUUGAUGUGUGGCGAUUAAAAGAGAGGAAUCUGAAUGUUUUCCAACAGAUACUGUUUCUGUUUGCUUUCAGAUGAAACAAUACACACUUUGGUAAGAUGUUCCCCCAAUGUUCAGACAUCAAAUAUUCAGUCAAGUGGACAAAAAGAUAACGUAGAGCUAUUCAUAAAAUGGUGUUGAAAGAUUAAAUAUUGCAAGGUGAUCUAAAUGAAUGUUUUGGGAUUUUCUGUUUAAAAUUACUUCCUGAAAAUGAAUGUUUGAGAAAGGAAAAAUGAAAACAUGACUUAUGUCAUCAUCAUUCUCUGAAGAUAACUUCGGAAAUGUAAGUUUGCACAAUUCUGAAGGCAGAGUCCUAAAGUUGUAUAGCAAGUGAAGCAAAUCUGUACUUGUGUUAAAUCCUUCUUUGUAAAAAAAAAAAAAAAAAAAAGACAAAAAUACCCCACAAGUUUUGCAUUUGCCUAGAGAUCACUGUUUGAAACUUCUGUGUAAUGUAAAUGUUGCAAAAUGUUGCAUCCAGUGGCCCAGUGUUCACCUCUCUUAGCGUGAUGUUCCUGGAGUUUUAGUUUCAACUUCUCUGUGCUGCUCAUCUAAGACUUAGCAUGAUGUACUCCAUGAAAACUAGGUAUUUAUUGAAUAAAAAUGUAACUGAAGGAAUAAUAAAUAUGGGUUUUGAACACAGUGCUAUUGCACCUAAUUCAGAA